CAGGAAACCGCUAAACGAUGAUAGGGGGGCUCUCUGGCUUCUCUCAUCCCUCAUCUCUCCUUCCCAGGAUCAGAACCAGAGUGAAAGCAACAGGCAGUCGGAUCUCCCAUCAGAUAAUGCUUGGAUUGGGGCUGUAGAUGUAACUCAGUGGUACAGCAUUUGCCCAGCAGAUGUACAGCCCUGGGUUUUGGUCACCAGCAUUGAAAGUGAGGAGGAGAGGGAGAAGAGGAGGAGGAAGACGGAGGAGGAGGAAGAGGAAGGAAAGUGUUGCGGGUUCUCCUCAGGCCAGCUGUGAAGACCCUGACCUGGAUCGGGUCCCCUGCCAAUUACGGGGAGCAAGAGGCGUGGAGUCGGGUAGAAGCAAGCACUAGGGGAGGUGCAGGAGGGGGCGGGCGUUACAGUUCCCUUUUCUCCACCCCCAAGUCCCUUUAGUCAGCGUAUCGUUGUCUGAUUGGUCCACACAGUCUGUCGGCAGUCAUUGGGCUCCAGAGCAGGGUACGGAGGCCUGGGCUCCUUUUGGCAGGCUAUUUGUGGACCAAGAAGUGAAGUGAAUUCUCGCUGAAUCCCGGGGCUCUGGGUCAGCACCAUCUUUGGAGGCCUCCUGCUACAGGAGAGAAAGAAGAAGGAGGAAGAAGAAACAGUAAAUAGAGGAGGAGAAACAGAAUGACGUUUGGAUUAUAUUUUAGUACAAGAAAGGACCUUGUCCUGUUUGUUCAUUCACAAGAAUCGUGCUCUAGAGAGCGUAAACAAGCUCCCAAGAGCCCCCUGUCGCUUAGUUGCCAUGCUCCCUCUUGGUCAGAAAUAGAGGCUAGUUCAUCCCCUGUAAAUGGUCCCAAGUGCUAGUGGCUACUCUGCCAGCUCCAAGGAUGAAGAUUCUGGAGUUAAAAACUGGUCCAUGGAGGGGCAAAACACAUCAGUACUGCAGCAUGGUCAAUGACAUACCUGUGUCCAGCUGACAUCACAGGCAGCACCAGGACCGGGUUGCACUUGAAUUGUGACAUCAGCAAAACUGGAGCAGUCCUCAAGGAAGGGGGUGCCCCGACAGGGAGACCACGAAACAGCAGCACAGGGAAAGGAUCAGCCCAGGACCAAGUCCCAACCCCACAGCUCCCUGCCCAGGCCUCCAGAUCGGCCCAAGUUCAGCUCCUGAUGAGUAGCAACAGCAGCCAACGCAUGUUGGAAGACCAAGUCCUCUGUCCCAUUUGCCUGGAAGUGUUCUGAGACCCAGUCACCACAGCAUGCGGUCAUAACUUCUGCAUGACUUGCUUCCAAAGUUUCUGGGACCACCAGGCUGCCAUAGGCGAGACACACUACUGCCCCCAGUGCAGAGAGAGCUUCCCCACCAGGCCCCUCCUGUGCAAGAAUGUCAUCCUCGGGGAGAUGGUGGCCUGCUUCACCCAGGCCAAGGGCUAGACUUCAGGGCCCUUGUGGAACCUGGCUGGGCCCACGGAUGUGCCCUGUGACUUCUGCUCCCCACAGAAGCUCCCAUCUGUCAAGUCAUGCCUGCAGUGCAUGGCUUCCUUGUGUGAGAAACACUUGCGCAGCCACUUUGAAGACCAGCUCUUCCAGGACCAUCAGCUGCUGGAGCCUGUGUGGGAUCUCAAGUCCCGAACAAGGAGGGCCCUGGGCUCUCAGAGGCUGUCACAUUUCCUUGGAGGAAAAUUAUACAAUGGCUCAGAGGGUAUAUGUGCUUGCCACCCGGAUGACCUAAGUUCUAUCCUGAGAACCCACAUAAAGGUGGAAGUUUGGAAGAUGCAGGCCAAUGUGGAGAAUCAAAUGCUGAUCAUCGCCUCUGACAACCAGAAGCACCAGGGGCAGGUGGUCUUUGUCUCGAAGCUGAUCCAGACAAUGCGCGAUGAAGUGAACACCUGCUUCUCGGAGAUCAUUCAAGAGGUCAAACAGCUGCAGAUAAAGGUCUUGGAUUUUGUGGAGAAAGAGGAGGCAGCUGCCCUAGGAAAGCUGGGUAGCUCUAUCCAGCAAAGUCACAGCCGGCUCCUAAAGUUGGAGGGGGGCAGUAUCUGGCUCCACAGCCUGCUCACCAACAGGAGUGAUGAACAAUUCCUGCAGGAGUUCCCCAGACUGAAGCACUUCCCAGCCUGCACCGAAGCCUUGAUGGGUACCGACUGUGAGGAGACACAGAGCUUCCUCCAGCUGCCAGAAACCUUGGCACAGCUCCGCAUCCAGCUAGUGGACAUAGGUCUCAGCUUCAUUAACCAGCUCCUCCUGAAGGGCAUCAAGAUGAACUCCUAUGAGCUACUGCCUCCAGCUGUGGACAGGAAAACACUUCUCCAGUGUUACUGCAACCUGAACUUCGACCCCUCCACGGCCAGCGAGGAACUGUUCCUGUUCACGGAAACGCACUCUGUGCUGAACUUGGGCAUCCUCCUGGAGCCCUCGGCCACCAACAGCCCUUUACCGGGCUUCAAGCAGUGGCCGCAGGUGCUCUGCUACCCGUGUUUGUCGGAGGGCUGCCACUACUGGGAAGCCGAGGUGUCCAACUCGUGGAUGUGACUCGGCGUCACAUACCGCCGCAGCGCUCCGCUGGGCAGCCGCCCCCGCCGCAACAUCGUCUACCUCCUGGGCCGCAACCCCGACUCGUGGUGCCUGGAGUGGGACUCGCUCAAGUUCUCGGUGUGGCACAACAACAUGCAGACAGUGCUGCAGGGCUCCUACCAUCACACGCUGGGUGUGGCGCUCGACUUGGGCGCCGGCUCUUUCUACGGCGCGGCAGGCGGAAUGAGCCUCCUCUACCCCGCGGUCAUGGUCAGCAGCGGAGCCUCGCUCACCCUCAAGCAGUACUCCGAGGCAUAGGCAGCGCCCGCUGGCUCAGGGAUGCUGCCAAUAAAGCUAGACUCUGCGGACUUUGCUGGACAGGAGCACGGGGGAUGGGGGCUGGCCCCUGUGUGGUCCCCCUGAGCCUAGGAUGCAACUGGGUGGCCCACUUGCUUCUAGGUCCUAUGUCUGAACUCUACCGGUGGCACCUGCCUGGGAAUUCCCAAUAGGAUGUCCUGAACCAGGCUGGAGUUCCCUUGGGGAUGGCAUACCCCGCCCCCCCACCUUCAGAUGGGAACGACAUUAAAUGCUCAGCCCACCACCCAUUCCCCACCCCAGCAGAGGUCCCUGGCAUUGGUUCUCUCUGCCCAGGUUUGUCACCCAACACUGUCCCCAAAGGCUUGGGCCUAGUGGAAUAGCCUCUGGCUCCUCUCUCUCCAGGUGACCAUACUGUUGAUGUGGAAGUGGACAGAGCAGGGGAGAGCUGGUCAGUCUGAGUUCCAGCUUAACUGAGGGUGGGGAAUUUAAGGCUGAGGAGCCCCAGGUCUAUCAGAUACCAAGGCCAGUGGGCUGAAGACCUGGGUCCAGGACAAGCUGGAUGGGGAAGCCACCAUACUGGGUGGGAUCUACAUCACCCACCACCCUCUUUAUGGUACAUCAGAGUAGUUCCCUGCCCCAGUCAUCAGCCCACCUCACUCAGGGACUGGCCUUUGUCAUCUAACCUGCUCAGUGGAGUAUGUGGAAGUCUGUACAGAGGUUGCACCCAGGCUGCUGCCAAGGGGCCCUCUCAGAGGGCAACUAGUGGGAUCAAAGCCUUACCCAGUGAGAAACUGCCUCUGAAUUUCCAGCCUCAACCAGCCACAGUUCCUGUGGGUCUAAAGCAAAGCCUCAGUAAAGUUAAUGAUCCAUUCCAGAAAGGAACUGAUACAAGUCACAGGAGCGAAAGCCCCUAAGGCAUCUGGCAGCCAGGCCCACCAGGAGGGUGCUUCGGAAUUCAACUCCUGCCCUGCCCGUUCCUGGAGAAAUUGGUGACCCUGUUUUCUCCUUGAGGCACUCCUUUUAGGGUGGGCAAGGAAGGAAGGGAAGGAAGACGUGUGCUCUGAAGGUCUCCUUAGAUGCAGUUCUUUGGGUGCCUCUGAGCAAGCUCUGGCUGUAAACCAGUGCUUACGUCCCUGGAAGUCUUCCCUCCGCCCCAGUGACUUGCUUCUCAGAGGCUGCUGUCCCCGUAGGGUAGGGUAUAAGGCUAUGAAAAUCUUUCGCCAUAUUGAAAGAGCUUUUCUUUGAUCCCCAAAUGCCUAAAUCUUGGCUUCUGACUCCCACCUUCAUUCUUCCCGGGUCAAGAGGUGAGCCAGCAGAGCAUCAUGGGUCAUACCUAUUAUCCCAGCAUAUCUGAGGCUGAGGCAGGAGGACUGCUCCAAGUUCCAGGCCAGCCUGAGCUAUAUAGUGAGACUCUGUCUCAAAGGGUUGCAAGGAGCUAGGCAUGGUAUUGUGUGUCUAUAGUCCUAGCACUUGAGAGAUGGAAGCAGGAGGAUCAAGAAUUCUGGGUUAUCCUCAGCUACAUAGUUUAAGU